AUGUUCAACCCUUUCCGCCUUCUCAAAGGCCUUUGGACCACACCUACAUCCGAGACGAGCCCAAGCCUUGCGGCUACAUUGGAGGCGUCUUCCGCUACACAGAGCCCGACUGCCCAAGAAGCUUCCCGCCUUACAAAUGCUACGCCGGUGUCUACGACCUUCGUCAACUACCCGGCUAUCCGCAAGCUGAAGACCCAACCGGCAACCACGAGUGUUUUCUCUAAACCUACCUUCUCUUCUCACACUAUACAAUCAUCACCAAAUCCAAUAUUCGGUACGGCAGCCCUAGGUGGCGUUGCGCCGCACAUCCAGCAUCCUCCUUCCGCGCACACAGACGACAUUGAGAUGCCAGAUGCAGACCCAGAAUGUCUUCUGAAGGCACCGCCCGAGGAGAGCGACAAUUCGUCCCCCUCCACCGACAGCCUAGAUGGAUCCGAUACCCGCCGUGCUACAUCUGAAGAUGACAACACCGACAAGGUACCGGAUGACACUUCUACAGGUACACCUGCUGAGGGCGACAAUCGUCCUAAGCUACAGCCAAAGCGCCAGCAAGACCGUCAUCACAAGCAGACAGCACCGAAGCUCAAGCGCGAUUUUGCCGCCGAGAUUGUCUAUGAAGUUGGCAGUGAGGACAAUCCCCUUCCUAAAGGCUAUCUGGGGACAUUCCGGGGCACACGUUGGUUCUCACCCGACUACAAUGCUUGCCUUGAAUGCGGGCAAGCUGGUGAGCAUCGACUUGUAUGUGGUCAUUGGAUCAAAAGUGCCGCGCCAUGUGGUCUAAAUUGCAAGACUGAGAAGCUCGACGAAGCGCCCUUCGUCUGUCCAACCUGCCGCGACAUCGUCCAGGAUAUUCUAAGCAACAAACUCACGGGCACCGAAAUAACCAAGUUGAACGGGCUCAAAGUGAAGGACAACUCGUUGUUGAUGGGCUAUUGUGUGGAGUAUGUCACAAAGCGCGUGCCUGAGCUCAAGGCAAAUAUCACUGAGACGGUUUUCAGCCUUCUACGAAAUGAUUAUGGGCGUAUCUGUGAGGCCUCGGAUGGUCCAGUACCUGCGAAGGUGCCAUCAUUUGAGCAGACGAUCCGUGAUAUGCAGGAAGAGCAAGAGCGCAAAGAGCGGGAGCAGUUGGCAAAGGAGAAUCCACUUAACAAGCAUGAUAAGCGCAGAUGCGUCUCUGAUGACGACCCAAACGUCCAGAACGCGACACAGGCCCCAGGCAGCACGCAAGUUCAAGACGACACCCCGGAAGCUGCACAAAACAGCUCCACAUCUUCUAAUGGCAACAAGAAGCCCAAGAAGAAGCUCGAAACCCAUCGCGAGCCCAUAUCCUCUCAGACCUGCGGUUCGAAGCGUCCUUCUUCUUCCCCCGAUGCCGAUACAGGCAGUCCUGUGUCGGCCAACAAGACCAACAAGAAACUCAAGGAGAAGCUCGAAACCGUCCGCGAGCCGAUUACUCCACAGACCCGGGGCACAAAGCGCCAUUCACUGACAUCUACCUACGUAGCCCCUCCCUACUUUACCAAGAAGAUCGCUUUGAAUACGCCGCCCACGUUUGGAGAUGCAUCAUUCAUGGUACCGCACCCCAGCGUAGUGGGUCCGUUGAUUAGGAAGCGCGACUCGGCCGUCCACAUUGAGACCGGCAUCGAGACGGAGGUUAGGAAGCGCCGCCAUAGUGCUAUAAUCCUAAAUGGCAAGGACGCGGAACCAUCGUUCAAUAUCUGGAAGCCCCGCGCAGGAUUGGAGGAGCCGAUUUGGGCUGGAGAAGAGGAACUCUGA